CCCCUCCGAUCACUGGGCUGGCGGUCACGACUCUGCUCCACACGGAGGGGAGGAGGAUCCAGGAAAACACAGGAGCAGGCACACAGCUGACCUACGGAGCCAUCGAUAACUUAUUCCCCUCACAGCAGAAUCGCACAGGAGAGGGGAGGGAGAGAGGAGGGAGAGGAGAAAGAGGGGGAGGAGGAGGAGGAGAAGGGGAAAAAAAAAAGAAAAUCCAGAGAAUUCCAGUCUCGCAAAUGUAGUGAAGCCCGGCAGCCGGAGUUCAUUUGCUCUAGAGGAGCAGAGAAGCAAGGGGACGUUCAAUGAAAAAAAGCAAGCAAGGUCUGUAGCUUUCUUCCCGACAGUAGCAGUGAUUUAGCGGUAAAAUGAUUCCUCCUAGCAGCAUGACCGAAGUCGGCGUGGAUAGUGUGGAGAAAGAGAAUGAAGUGGAGAGCACAGAGCAGCCCCCCUCUCCAGCAUCAACUACCAGCCAGGAAUCAAAGCUGCAGAAACUGAAACGAUCGCUCUCCUUCAAGACCAAAAGCUUGCGGAGUAAAAGCGCGGACAAUUUCUUCCAGAGGACUAAUAGUGAUGUGAAACUGCAAGUGGACUUGAUGCCUGAGGUGAGCACCAGCACCGGGCAGCUCCCCAGCUCUGAGAGCCAGGCAUCCUCCCCUACCAGAGUCCAGCAGUUGCCGGAAAACAACAAGGCUCACAUCUUCCAGGAGCACAUCUUCAAAAAACCCACCUUCUGUGAUGUCUGCAACCACAUGAUUGUUGGGACAACCGCUAAGCACGGACUGCGCUGCAAGGCUUGUAAGAUGAGCAUCCACCACAAGUGUGCGGACAGUAUUGGACAACAGCGUUGCAUGGGCAAGCUGCCAAAGGGAUUUCGCCGGUACUACAGCUCACCACUACUCAUUCAUGAACAGUUUGGCUGCAUCAAAGAAGUGAUGCCUAUUGCCUGUGGGAAUAAGGUUGAUCCUGUGUAUGAAACUCUCCGCUUUGGGACUUCCUUAGCCCAGAAAACCAAAAAGGGCAGCUCUGGAAGUGGGUCUGAUUCUCCAAACAGAAAUUCUACAGCUGACCUGGCAGAAGUUCCUGAGGAAGGCAGUAGCUCUGCAGGCACCCUUGACAUAAGCAGGAAGCGCAGCAACAGCGUGUUUACAUACUCUGAAAAUGGCACAGAACACUUUGGAGAAGAAUCAAAAAGUAUACAUUCCCUGGGACCAUUUUAUAAAAGCACGUUACAAAUGAACACCUAUGUUGCCUUGUACAAAUUUGUACCACAAGAAAAUGAAGACUUGGAGAUGAGGCCAGGAGAUAUGAUAACUCUUCUGGAAGACUCCAAUGAAGACUGGUGGAAGGGGAAAAUUGAUGACAGAACUGGAUUUUUUCCUGCUAACUUUGUUCAAAGAGUACAACACAAUGAGAAGAUUUACAGGUGUAUCAGAACAUUCAUUGGCUGCAAGGAACAGGGACAGAUAACUCUGAAAGAGAACCAGAUUUGUGUGACUUCUGAAAAAGAACACGAUGGCUUUAUCAAAGUAUACAGCGGGAAGAAGAAAGGCUUUGUCCCCAUAGACGUCUUAGAAAACAUCUGAUUUCUACAACCCACUUGCUGCAGUAGGAGCCCUUUGUCGGCAAUGCCUGUCUGCCUCAUCUCACACUGUGUCAACCCAGAUGGGCUGUCUUGCAGAUGUUCAGGGAAAUAGUGAGAAAACUGCAACUACAAGAAGAAAAAGACAUUUAGACUGCCACAGCAACACUGAGAAAUAAGUGGAAUGUUUCACAGAAAACAUAGUCAGAAACCAAUAGGGAAAUGAGAGGUCCUUGGAUACUAACAAGAAUAAGGUAAGGAAAAGAAAAGUCUGGGCUGAUUUCUGGUGCAAGAUGGCUGCUACACCCUCAUGGAGACAGACAGUUUGCUCUGAAGGACUAAACUUACGUCCUGUUCUUGUGUCUUAGAAAACUGUUGGACUGCUUUCUUGUUCGAAGUGUGCGUUUAGGGGGGAGGGGGGAAAAUACCAUUCAAACUGUCCUCGUACUACAGUCCAAUGCUUGUAGUAAAGUGUGGCUGUGGUUCUACAGUUUCGUCCCAUUAUCAACUGAUCAGUUUAAACCCUGGUGUUUAGUCCCACAACAAAGCGGUUUGGAGACACCAUGUGAACGUCAGUUCCAGAAAUGCACUGUGCCCUGAAAGUUGGCAGCUUUCUCUUUCUGUGCAAUCUUCCCAUAUGAAAGAGUAGCGAACUUGUGUGUCCUUUGUUUUCUCUGUAUACGAACAAAAGCUCUCAGCGUGGUUUGGGUGUGGUGGCUGCUCUCAUAGCUCACAAAAAUAGCUGGUCCUCUGGUUUGCAAACCUUCUCAGAAGCAUCCCUCUGUGUUUCCUGCGCCUUGAUCUGGUGAUACAGAAAUGCUGGGAGAGAGCCAGAGGCUUGAAAUGUUUUCUAUUUUUCUGUGUUUAUUGCACUUGAAAGAUUUUAUAUAUUAUUCCUAUUUAUAAAAAAAAAAUAAAACAAUUAACUAACCCCCGGAAGACUGAAAAUGCUAGGGAAGGACAGACUGCACGUGGAGGUGAAGUCUGUAAUUGCUGAAAUCCAGAACUUGUGAUAGAAAGGCACUAUCCAAGUAUUGUGUUCACACGCCAAAGGCAUCUUCUUCAUUUGCUGAACAGAAUUUUUGCAGAUUCAGCAAUAAAUACACUGUCAUGAAUUCCUCCUUGGUAUAAACCACCAUUAGCAUCCUGUAAAUCUUUUCCAUCUCAGCAAGACUGUGCAGACAGCUCUAUUUUGUCCAUGUAAACCUCCAUCUUCAAACAUGUUUUGGGCAUAUGAACUUUUUGGUACCCAGGAAGCAGUCUGUGGGACCUGUGGAUCUCGACCAAACUGUACAAGUCAACCAGUGCCAAUCCUGUUGCAGAGCAGGGGCCUUAUGAUGACUCAAGACAGGGAACCUAGUUUCCAAGUGUUUAAUUGGAUGUAAUUGCACCAAAUACACUUAAACAGCUUAGCAUGUAUUAUGACGUGGAGAUUAAGGCCUAUCCCAAAGCUCCCUGCUGAAUUCAUGCCUUAUUUGACCAGAUUGAGACUGAAUUCAAGUCUUUACUGAGAUUAAGCCCAAAAUGAUGUCCUAAAUCCUGAUACCACAAAAAGAAAUUCAGAUGGUGCCAGGCUAGUGUAGGCUUCUGCAGAGAUGACACUAUUUCUAAUACCAAGCUACCAGUCCUGCUCCCGUGUACUGAGGCAUGCACAACCCAUGUCUCAAUAGUUACUCUAUUUGAAUAGCUGAUCUUACACAAAGCCUUAUGAAAUCUGGUGCAACUCUCCACAUGGCCAGAAGUUCACAGAGUAGAUCAGUUUUCAACCUUUCAGAGACACAUUCUGCAGCUCUUACGUAUCACUUAUUGCAGAGGAGGAAGUUGCAGGGGUGGCAACUACUGAAAUGUGUUCCCUUGUAACAUGAGUUAUUAUAUUAGUCUAUACCAAUUCAUGUCCUCCUGGCUGAUCAGAAGUAUCUGAUUUCAUAUCUUCUGUGGGAAUAUCAGCAAUUUAUAAAUGUCAGGGUUUUUUUUUUAAAUUCAAACAAUGAACAUUUGCUCAGCUCAUUUUCCUAAGUAAGUAACCAAUAAACUUGGUGCAAGGACAAAGGAUUCUGUUAAGCCUUAAAGAUCAAGAGGAAAAGCAGUAGAGAUAUAUUCAUCUACUCUGAUUUGUAAGAUAUAUUUUCUAAUAUUCACCCAUUCAAAAGAAAAACUCAAGGUUUGUUAGAAUUAAAAUAUUUACUACUUUUGAUCAGGCCUGUCUCAUGGACAAAGGAAAUCUGUAUUAAUCUCUAUAUCUGCUGUUGUUUACAUGAUUACAUCAUACUGUGAUUCCCUCCUCUUUCAGUCUUCUAUGAUUUCAAUUUAUCCCUACAAUGUGCAUCACGCUAUUGAAAGAAUUAUAUGAAUAUUACCUACAACUCACAAUGGCCUUUAAUCAAUGUCAGUUUGAUUCCUUUUGAUACUGAGCAAUAAAUAAUAAAGUGACUGAGUAAAAACAAAACAGACCUUAUGUGGACUGUAUUACAUCUGAGAAAGCAUUGCUUCUGAACCAAAGCUUUCAUGGUUAUCUUUGUGGUUUUUGUCUUUUUACUGGGCUUUUGCUGCCGUUUGAUAUGUAGAAUGCCUAAUUUAGCAAGAAGCACAUACAUGAGUCUUACUUUAAGCAUGUGAUUCAUUGGCUAUUUGCAUGCUUAAAGCUAAAGCACUUUGCUGAAUUAAGGUAAUUUUCCUUGAAUUGAUUUUGGAUGCCUUACUCUGAAUUCAGACAAGUAUCCCACCAUUUUUUCCUACCAUAUGCAGUUCACCAUAGGUACUGCAUUAGCAAGCAGUUAAAGUCAGACAGAAAAUGGACUGGACUUUAUCAGGCGUGUGCUCAGAAAAAUUGAAUUUUAGGAGAUAAAUGCUGUUCAGAUUUAAUUUAAUAUUCUGCUUAAUAAAAACUAUGUGAUGGUUGGAAGGAGAAUAGAA